CGCCGCGCUCCGAAGCGGGAAUCCGGGAGGCGGGCAAAUCUGCAAUUAAACGCACCCAUUUAAAAUCCGGGAAUUAGUGGACGCCAUGCACCGGAAACACCUCCAGGAGAUCCCAGACCAGUCUAGCAACGUUACCACCAGCUUCACUUGGGGAUGGGAUUCUAGCAAGACCUCCGAGCUGCUCUCAGGCAUGGGGGUCUCCGCCCUGGAGAAGGAGGGGGUGGACAGUGAGAAUAUCCCCCAGGAACUGCUCUCAAACCUGGGCCACCCGCAGAGCCCCCCAAGAAAACGCCUGAAGAGUAAAGGGAAUGACAAGGACUUUGUGAUCAUCCGCAGACCCAAGCUAAAUCGAGAGAACUCCCCAGGUGUUUCCUGGGACUCCCUCCCAGACGAGCUGCUCCUGGGCAUCUUCUCCUGCCUGGCCCUCCCCGAGCUCCUCCACGUCUCCUGUGUCUGUAAGAGGUGGUACCACCUAGCGUUUGACGAGUCUCUGUGGCAGACCCUGGACCUCACAGGCAAAAACCUGCACCCAGAAGUGAUUGGGCGGCUGCUGUCUCAAGGGGUGGUUGCCUUCUGCUGCCCGCGAUCAUUUGUGGACCAGCCAUUAGUUGAACAUUUCAGCCCUUUCCGCGUGCAGCACAUGGACCUGUCGAACUCGGUCAUCGAGGUGUCGACCCUCCAGGGCAUUCUGUCUCUGUGCUCCAAGCUGCAGAAUCUCAGCCUGGAAGGCCUACAGCUUUCGGAUCCCAUUGUCAAUAACCUUGCGCAGAAUUCAAAUUUGGUGCGGCUAAACCUUUCUGGGUGCUCCGGCUUCUCAGAGUCCGCCCUGAAGACUUUGCUGAGUAGCUGUUGCAGACUGGAUGAGCUGAACCUCUCCUGGUGCUUUGACUUCACUGAAAAACACGUGCAAGUGGCCGUGGGGCACGUGUCAGAGACUGUCACCCAGCUGAACCUUAGCGGCUACCGGAAGAACUUCCAGCGAUCAGAUCUCUCUACCUUAAUUGGAAGAUGCCCCAAUCUUGUCCGCCUAGAUUUAAGUGAUAGCGUCAUGCUGAACCACGACUGCUUCCCAGAAUUCUACCAGCUCAACUACCUCCAACACCUGUCGCUCAGUCGGUGCUACGACAUAAUACCUGAAACUUUACUUGAACUUGGAGAAAUUCCCACACUAAAAACACUACAAGUUUUUGGAAUCGUGCCAGAUGGUACCCUUCAGCUGUUACAGGAAGCCCUGCCUCACAUCCAGAUUAAUGGUUCCCACUUCACCACCAUCGCCAGGCCUACCGUGGGCACCAAAGGCCACCCAGAGAUAUGGGGCAUCAGAUGCCGGCUGACACUGCAAAAGCCCAGUUGUCUCUGAAAUAUUCAGGGCAAGGUGGUGUCUCCUUUUCUCUUGGGAUCAGGGAAAAUAGGCAAGAAGCCCAGUUGCUGGAGCCCUUUUUAUUCUUGGUUUUCCCUUUGCCUUUGUUCUGCAAGUAUAUUAGAGAUGCAUUUGAGAAGGAAAACUAUGAAGUGUUGCUUUUCUUAAAUGACUAUAAAAGCUCUGUCACUGCCAUGCUUCUGAGAGCCUCGCCGUGGGCCUUAUGAAAUUUCAGGAGAGUGAGCCUGUCAUUUCAAGAUCCAUUCUGAGCAAAGUUUGCGCCAUCUCUUCCAAGUGCCCUUAUUCUUAAAUCUGUUUAGAAACGAACUUACAAUUCACCAGCAAGCAAAUCAUUUUCUUGAUCUAUAUAGUAACUUAACUUUCUUCUAUUUAAUUUUCCAGUAUUGCUUUAUGAGACAUAGACUGGAAGAAUGAUAAGCUAUUAUUCACAUUGUGAGCUGAACAGAAUCAUAGGAUAGUCGGUUUGAGGCAGUCAUUCUGUGGAUGGAAACAGAAAGAGGCACGUUUCAACUUUGCCUUUGGAUUUGCAUUUAGACUCAGAACAAGUAGUCCUGGGUAGUUCACCUUAAAACCUAAAAAACAACCAAUCGCAGAUACAGAAUUUGGAGGCUCAGGAGGCAGUUUUCUGUGACAGGUUGAUCUGAAGGAUGUGCUAAUGCACAUUAAUGAAGUAUCCUUUAAAGUACUGUGCUCCCAGAAUACUGACGUAGCUGAGGAGAUAGGAUGGUGGUCUUCUAACUUUAUGAUCAAAUGAUGUUGCGGGGGUUCUUUCGCUUUUUAUAUGCCUUGCUUUGUUUUAGAAAGGUGCUAGUACCCAGUCUCUGUUCCUGAAAUGUUGGCUGGAAUGCUGAACUGAAGUUGCCUGCCGCUUGCCUGUGUUGCUGAGGUUCUUGAAGUUAUUUUUAUAUUACUCUGGAAUCAAGUCUUUUAAAUCCCCCCCCCCCCUUUUUUGUGUCUUCCACAAUCGCUGUUUUAAACUACUCAUUUUAUAAGGUUACUGGACCUAACGUCCCCUAAGAACUGCCUGUUCCUCUCAAUCGGAAAUGCACACACUAGAAGCAGGGGUAGGUCCUGUAGUUCCAGAGCAGUAAGCACAGCUUGCACCUGCAGAAAAGCUAAGACUCAGGUGUUGAACCUUUGACAGCAUCAGUGAUUUUUUUUUUUGGAUGGUACAUAGAAGCAAACGGAUUAAAUUCUACUUAAACAAAACACUAAUUUCUUAUUUAAAUAGAUGGGACCUCCCCAUAUGUCCAAAAUGAAACAGAAAAGCCAAAACCCAUCAUUUCUAUUAACGUUUUUUAAAUCAGAUUUUCCAAAUGUUAGAAACGAUGGUAUGAAGUGCCCUUAUCUGCCAAGACCUAAGGAAGAACAUUUUAAAGUAGUUAUACCAGAACUGAUUAUGUUUCAGUUUUGUAGUAGUUCAAAAGUGCUAAAUACUACUUGAGAUUAUUGUUUACAGAUUAGUGGCAAGGGCUGGGGACAGGAUCCGGGUGGACUCUGACUUCCGGGUGCCCUCAAACACAUAGUACUUCCAAACUCAAGUCCAGCCAAAAGCUAUUUUGCUAACAUGUCAGAGUAAUCUGUAUUUUUGUAUGUGAUUUCUACUUUUAUACACUUGUUUUAAAAUAAAACACAUUUUUAUAAAAACGA